GCUUGUUUUUUGUCUUUGAAAGCGCGUGUGUGACAGCACCUGUAGCCCUGUGGGGCCGGACGCGUAGGCUGGGGCUCGCGGCGGAUCAGUGACCAGGAUGGCUUUGCUGCGGGCUGUUGUCGUUGUAUUGGCGUUAUCGUCGCUGGCUACUGCAGUGCUUGGAGAUUCCGAGUCUUCUAAUUCUCCUUCAGAUCUAUCGCAGUGUUCCAGCUCCUCGUCAAAGGCCGUGGACAAAUUUUCGGAGAGCGUCGUUAAUGAGCCCAAUGACGGCAAGACCGGCCAGAGCACGUACGGCGGUGGUUCGUCGUCUUGUGGCUGUGGCGCCCUGAGUCGUGACAAUCCGAGCAAGUCUGUUGGCGAAAGCAGCGAUGACGACGAAGAGACGAGGGUCGAAGUGGAUUCUGAAAGCUCGGAGCCAAGCCAUGCUACAUUUGAAAGCAAUGGUUGGAGUAGCACAGAGCACCCGAGAACCAACCAGAUGGUGUUUGUGCGGGGCGGUGAGUUUGAGAUGGGGACAGACAAGCCCAUCUUUGUAGCUGAUGGCGAGAAUCCUGCAAGGCCAGUUCGUGUUAAUGACUUCUACAUCGACGUGCACGAGGUCAGCAAUGCUGAGUUCGAGCGUUUCGUUAAGUCCACCGGUCACAGAACUGAGGCAGAAACCUUUGGUGACUCUUUUGUGCUUGACAGUGCCAUCAGCGAGAAAACCAAGAAAGGAAUCACUCAGGCAGUGGCUGCUGCUCCAUGGUGGCUGCCUGUCAAGGGAGCUGACUGGAGACACCCUGAAGGGCCAGACAGCCACAUUCAUGAUCGCAUGGAUCAUCCCGUGGUGCAUGUCUCGUGGAAUGAUGCUGUCGCCUUCUGCAAGUGGUCUGGAAAGCGUCUCCUCACUGAAGCAGAGUGGGAAUAUGCCUGCCGGACAGGUCUCAAAAACAGGCUGUUCCCAUGGGGCAACAACUGGACUCCCAAAGGUGAAACUCGUGCCAACAUCUGGGAGGGCAAGUUUCCAGUCACAAACACAGCCGAGGAUGGCUACCCUGGCACAGCACCUGUGACUGCUUUUCCAGCUACCAAGUUUGGCCUAAAGAACAUCAUUGGCAAUGUGUGGGAGUGGACUGCUGACUGGUGGACCACUCGCCAUACCAGUGAGCCCCAGGAUAACCCGAAAGGGCCACCAGGUGGUGCUGACAAGGUCAAGAAAGGUGGCUCCUUCAUGUGCCACAAGACGUACUGCUACCGUUACCGCUGUGCUGCAAGGAGCCAGAACACUCCCGACACAAGUGCCUACAAUGUGGGGAUUCGCUGUGGAGCCGACAAGUUGCCCAGUGACACUGUGCUUCACAGGGAAGAGCUGUGAUGCUUCGGAGGCAAAGCAGUCCACCACCAUUGUGUGCAUUCUUAAUACAUUCAUGAGGCGGAGUAUUUGCACGCAUCUUUGGAGCCACUUGUGUGGAAGAAAUCUUUGAUCCCUUGCUUUGCUGAUCAUUGGUAGUGUUAAACAUGGAGCUUUGGUUGAUCUUGGUUUGAACAUUUGGUAAAAGUGGCAAGUUCUAAAUUUUCACCAAAAAAAAGCAGCCCCCACAGCAUUUCCUUGUUGGUUCUCGUCAUGUAUCUUAUGCAUUUUAUUAAAUAGGACGGCUUCUGGAUUAGCAGAAUAGUAGUAGGUCAGAUGACCACCUGGAAUGGUGUGCUGCACGAAAGUUGCUGCUGCUCCUAGAGAGUGCUGAAAAAGUCAAGUACUGCUCCUAAGCCAUUCUGUUGCAUUUGUGGGAUGUGCUGUCUAACUGCUGUGUAAUGAGCCAGUUGCUUGUGCAAGGUUCAAGUAGUUUCUAAGGUUGUGUGCUUAUUUCAUCACGAGUUUGCUCUUGACUGGGCAUGGCUUGGCUUCCAAGUGUAAAAUAUGCUGCACUACUCUUGCAUUUCUUCAAAUGUUAAUAAAUGUUAUUCAGAAUAAAUGCACCAUGCACAGCGUU